AUGUGCGCAGGUGUACGCAUCUUCUACAUGACCGAGAUCAUGAUCCUGAGGUCGUACCUGCUGGCGGUGAAGCUGUUCCAACCAUGUUCGGCCCUCGGCCCGACUACCGGCACGGUGGUGAUGGAGUGGGUGGUUCAAGUGCUAGCUCAACACGGUCUCCGACCCAGCGACUUCGCCGGCGCCGUGUCAGACGCUGGAUCUGACGUCUCGUCAGGCGUGGUUAAAAGCUUUAGUCGCGAGUGGUGCCUACCCCACAUGCUCAACCGUGCCACCAUCGAUGGCACCGGCUUGGCGAACACCACUCGCUUGUCGAAGAACCUCGACUGCCGCGCCCUCCUGGAAGACGCUAUGAAGGUCAUUCAGCAUUUCAACAGAUCUUCCCGCGACAAGGUCAGCCUCUGCAAGAUGCUGUUGCGACUUCUUGAGCGAUGGGAUGCGAUCAGCCACGUGUACCUGAAUAAAGGCGACGUGUUCCCCUUGGGCAAGCGCAGGGACGGGUUCGAGGAGGUGUACAGCAUUCUCCGGGUUGUGAAGGACGUCACCCUAUACUGCCAAAGUGCGUCAGAGGUUACCGCGGGAGGGGCAAUGAACAGGAUCGUUCUUCUCCUGACAACAACCCUCGAGCCGAUGGAAGACCUGGAGAUUGUGCAUGUCCCGGUGAUUGGCGCGGAGGGCGCGGCCGGCGGGGCGGACGCGGAGGGUGCGAACGGCGGGGCAGGCCGCAGGGCUUCGUCCCAAACCAUGCGAUCCCACACCGACCUGACGGAAACCGGCCGUGCGACUCGUGAGGCCUUCGCCACCGCCAUCGGCAAACGGUUUUUGCCGCGCUAUCAACGGGCGAAGCUAGAGACCCAUCCUCAACUCUUCGACCACGCCAUGUUUCUGAGCCCUGGGUCGCGCAAAAUGAAGUACAUCGGUAGGCUCGUGACAUCGAGCACCGCCGUGGGCCUUGGCCUCGCCAACGCUAACGCCAUCAAGGCCCGUGUCAAGGAUGAAGUCAUUGGCCUCGUCACCAACGCCGUUGCCCAGAUUAGGAGGAAGUUGGCGGCCGAGCGGGUGGAGGUGGAUGUUUCGACAGCGCCGCGGACUAGAACUCCACGGACCGUCGCCGAAGGAAGCGAACGCGUCAAAAAACUACAAAGGGCCAACCUUGUGGACAGCGGCAGCGAUGACGACAGCAGCAACGACGAGCAACAGGGCUCUACCGUGCGCGAGCGUUCUCCCGAAGAAGAGGCCAAGACCAUCGUGGACGACUGGAUGAAUCUGAGGGUGGAUCUCUCAAAAGCUACGGACGCUGGAGAACGGCGCAGACUACUGGACCUCGAUGGUAAAUCGCUGCCGUUAGCACUCCGAGCAGUUGCGCAGUCUGUCUUCGGUUGUCCGGCCUCAGCAGGUGGUGUGGAGCGAGACUUCUGCGUCGCCGACUUCUUCAUGCCCGGUAGGCGAUCCUCGCUAGACCCAGCGUACUUGGACGUGGGGCUCUUUCUUCGAGUGCACAAGAGGAUCAUUCCCAACGACAUCCUGACGCUGACCGACGCCCAGCAACAGGCAGCCAUCCCGAAUCGUUUUCGGAAGCAGGAUCUGCUGGACGAAGUUAAGGUGUUGGACGUGGAGCUUGAUGAGCGUAGCGACGGACAAAACGACGAUGCUCAGGAGUAUCCGUCGGACAGCGACACCGCGUAG